UGGCACAGAUGUUGCACAGUGUUCCCCCUGCAUGGUUGUGCAGACAGCAAAGAUCAUCUGUAUCCCAUCCCAGACCACUCCUGUCGAUGUAACGGUCUCAUACAGUAUAUGCCGAGGACGCCUCACUGUAUGUAUGCUAAGAGAACUGUCUCUAGGAGACAUGGGGUCCGGGGGAAGGCAGAGAGCGCUGUGACUGAGGCACACACUGCACACAGACCAGUACUGGAGGAACUGGUUUCAUUUCUUACAUUUCCUGCUUCCCCUGUACAAUACAAACACAACUGGGGCACAGAGCAAGAGACAGCAAGCGAGAGCAAGAGACAGACAGCUGGGGCACAGAACAAGAGACAGCAAGCAGGGAGCAAGAGACAGACACCUGGGGCACAGGAUAAGAGACAGCAAAGGAGGGCAAGAGACAGACUGCUGCGACACAGAACAAGAGAGAACAAGCGAGAGCAAGAGACAGACAACUGGGGCACAGAGCAAGAGACAGCAAGCGAGAGCAAGAGACAGACAGCUGGGGCACAGAACAAGAGACAGCAAGCGAGAGCAAGAGACAGACAGCUGGGGCACAGAACAAGAGACAGCAAGCGGGGAGCAAGAGACAGACACCUGGGGCACAGGAUAAGAGACAGCAAAGGAGGGCAAGAGACAGACUGCUGCGACACAGAACAAGAGAGAACAAGCGAGAGCAAGAGACAGACAACUGGGGCACAGAGCUAGUAGAGACAGCAAGCGAGAGCAAGAGACAGACAGCUGGGGCACAGAACAAGAGACAGCAAGCGAGAGCAAGAGACAGACAGCUGGGGCACAGAACAAGAGAGAACAAGCGAGAGCAAGAGACAGACAACUGGGGCACAGAGCUAGUAGAGACAGCAAGCGAGAGCAAGAGACAGACAGCUGAGGCAUAGAACGAGAGACAGCAAGUGAGAGCAAGAGACAGACAACUGGAGCACAGAGAUAGAGACAGCAAGCGAGAGCAAGAGACAGACAGCUGGGGCACAGAACAAGAGACAGCAAGCAAGAGCAAGAGACAGACAGCUGGGGCACAGAACAAGAGACAGCAAGCAAGAGCAAGAGACAGACAGCUGGGGCACAGAACAAGAGACAGCAAGCGAGAGCAAGAGACAGACUACUGCGACACAGAGCAAGAGACAGCAAGCAGGAACAAGAGACAGCAAGACAUAGACAACUGGGACACAGAAUAAGAGACAGCAAGAGAUAGGCAACUGGGACACAGAACAAGAGACAGAAAGCCAGAGUAAGAGACACACAAUUGGAACACAGAACAACAAGAGACAGCAAGCAAGAGACAGACAACUGGGCCACAGAAGAAGAGUGUAAGACAGCACUCUAAGGCAAGAGGCAACUAGGAAGGGAGUGUGGAUAAGAGAAAGAGACACCUGUGAGAGACAGCAUAGAGACAACGGAUCACAUACAGCGCCUGAUGAACAAGUGUUAGAUACUAGGAACUUGGACAUCGCUCAGAAGUCCAGAAAUGGACAAAGUGGAGACAGUCCCCCCUGAGACCCCAUCACCUGCCGACAGCGCAGAGCCCAAAUCACCAGUGGACGUCUUGUAUACGCAGGAGCCCCGAGCUGCCUUCACUCCACAGACCAUUGAUGUAGAGACAAAGCAGAGCCCUUCCAAAGAGGACUUCUUCAUAUUUAGGCCCUCGGUUGCCCAGCAGGCUAUACAGGAAAUUCAAAGCCAUUUAUCUCAGGAUGAGGACGGGGAACUGCAGAGCUCCUGGAUCCUGGCUCAGAUCAGCCACUGGGGCACAGAGCGUGAGGUCCUGGCGUUUAUCUGUAAUAAAUCCCUACUGAUCUGCUACUAUGAUUUUGUCGAGCUUGGUAGCUCGCGGGUGUUUCGUAUCCCUCUGAAUUACAUCGACACAUUGACCUGGGGACCUCUAUCGUAUCCUCGGAUGGCCCUCAACAAAAGGGACGUCUAUGCUCUCCAGGUGAAGUGGGACAAACUCCGAGAACCCCCUUCAUUGUUCUCCUGGUGGAACCCUUGGACUGAGGAUCUCUCGUACAUUAAUCUCAUCCAACACCCUGGAGAUACCACGGAAAAACACUUGAAAGACAUGUGCCAGCUGGAUAAAUUCAUGGAGCGCCUGGUGGAUAUGGUGAAGCUGGCCCAUGAGCGCAGUCCCCUCCCUGGUCGAGCCAAUGGGCUACUGGUCCUAAACAGGCCCGUGAACACAGACACUUCUCUGGGACUUCUCUCAUUGCUGAACAGCAAAGCCCGGCUGGGUUACGCCAAGCCAAGAUGGGGCUUUGGGUUCUGAGCAGUAAACGUGGACCUCUUGUAGAGUGGCACAGAAGAGAAAGAUCAUGGCGCCACUGGAUGUGACAUACAGCGACUCAGAGCAGUGGAUCGUGGAGACCGAAUCGUCCUGACAAACCGCACAAUGUGUCUGGGGGGAAGUUUUGAAUCAUUUCUCAGGUUCUCAAGGAUGCGACGUUGCCCGGAUUUAAAAAAAACAUCUUACAUCUUACAGACGUUACCUGGUCCUGCCUGUCGUUCUCUUCGCCUGCUUGGUACAUAAAGUGGUAUAUUCUGAAAAUGUCGCUAUUUCUCAAUAUUGCAAACUGCACUAUAUAAUAUAUUAGGAUUGUUAAGUUAAUAUGUAUUAAAGAUUAAAAAAAUGA